AUGUUGAUCUCCUCAAAGAUAUAUGCUGCUGAAAUCACCAACAUCAGCUUCCGCGGCAUGGCUACUAUCACUACAGAAGUCAUGAAGUUCGUGGGAUACUUGACGGUAGCGGCGACUGCAACUGACUUAUCAUGGUACAAGAUGGCCAUGAUCAACGUUAUUCUGUUAGUUAUAUACGGCAUCAGUGUGUGGCUGGUACUGCCCGAGACUCCCGCAUUCCUCACCGUGCAGAACAAGGAGGCCGAGGCACGCAGAGUUCUAAGGGUAGUCAGAGGUCCGAAAGCUGACGUGGAUGCAGAGUUGUCGCUUCUAAAACUCCGCAAUGAACGGGAAGACGGCAGCUCGGGAUACACUGCCUUGAUUAAAAAAGAUACUCGUAUGUUGAACAAAAUGGUGCCACUGUUUGUACUGAUUUUCUUACGGGCAUUCUGUGGCUCAGAUGUCAUUAUAUCGUACACAACACGCAUGCUGAAAGACCUCGGCGUCACAAUGGACCACAACCUGAGCACCCUCAUCAUCUCCUCGGUGAGUCUGAGUGGCGUCAUUCUCUCGGGCAGCGUGGUGGACCGCGUGGGACGCCGCUUGUGUUUGAUAGUGUCCCUUGUGUUCAUGGCUACUGGCUACGCUAUGCUGGGAUUCUAUACUUACUUUCUACCGCCUGCACCAUUGCCCGGACAUGAGCCUGACAUCAGACUGUUACCUUCGCUGGACGACAGCGCGACGGUCUCCUAUCUACCUGAGGCACCAAGUGGUGGCGAAGUGGAAAACCGGUUGUUUCCUGUGUUUUGCUUCAAUGGGAUCGCCUUCGCCAAUGCUGCCGGCUUGAGUUCCUUACCAUUACUGAUAGCGGUGGAGUAUUUCCCCACAAGCAUCAGGGCACAGGGGCUGAGCGUGUGUCUGUUAUGGCUGAAUUUCAUAACCAUCGCCGCCCUUCAACUCUACAGCACAAUGGUGGAAGUGCUUACGCUGGCGGGACUCUACUGGCACUAUGCACUCCUCUCUGCUGCAGCGAUACUACAUGUCAUGUUCUUCAUUCGGGAAACCAAUCAGCAGGACAUUGGCUAA